AGAACAAUGAAGAAUGUAUGGUGCUGAUGUUGCAUGCUGUGGUGUUUGGUGACGGUAGGUUCUAUUAAGCAUGAUCACAAACCAGAAAAUUUCGAGGCUAAUUUUAGGGGAAGGAAUCUCCAGGCUACUACAUGGCGACAAACUCAGUUCACACUUAUUGCUCUAAUGUGGCCCUGGCCCACAGCCCAAUUACGAGCAAGCCCACUGGCCCACCUAUCCCUUUCAUUCAACAAACUAGUUGCUCUUAAGAAUUCCUCUUCUCCUUCUCUCUCUCAAAAAAGGAAGAAAAGAAUUCCUCUUCUCCUCCUGACAUUUCCCAACUUUCCCCUCUUGUCUGAUUGGUACCCCUCCAACGCCUGCUUCGUGGGAUCAGUUCGCCGGAAGAUCAACAGCUUUAGUUGCCUACUGAUCCCUCUUUUGCUUGGCACUAAAAGAGACAUGUUGAAAAUAAAUAUGAAGCUUGAUUUGCUCGCGUUUUAUGUCGAAUGGAGAUCGUAUUUUCCAGUGUGUGGAACGAUGCCAGAGCACUCUGAGAAUGCCACAGAGAACAUGAUGAGUGGCAUCAUGGACGCCAUCGCCGACAAGCUCCCCAAGCAAAAGUCUGUCAGGUUCGACAUCGACGAUCAGGGCUCCAUCUCCGGCCAGGCCAAGAAGCUCUUCGGGGGCCACAAGUCUGUCCACCACAUCCUUGGCGGCGGAAAAUCCGCCGACGUGCUACUGUGGAGGAACAAGAAGAUCUCAUCCAGCGUUCUUGCUGUUGCAACAGCUGCCUGGGUCUUCUUCGAGUGGCUCGGCUACCAUUUGCUGACCAUCGUAUCAUUUGUGCUUGUUUUUGGCAUGGUUAUCCAGUUCGGAUGGUCCAGCUUCGCAGGCAUGCUCAAUGGGUCUCCUUCUAACGUGCCCCGUGUAGAGUUGCCAGAGGAGCUGUUUGCAAACAUCGGUGCCGCUGUCGGCGCCCAGGUGAACAACUUCUUGGGAAGCCUUCAGGAUGUGUCCAGUGGAAGAGACCUGAAGCAGUUCCUUAUGGUGAUUGCCGGGUUCGUUGUCACCGCUUUCAUCGGGAGCUGGUUCAGUCUCAUCACCGUUAUCUACAUCGGGUUUGUGUGUGCACACACUCUACCAGUGUUCUAUGAGAGGUAUCAUGAUCAAGUCGAUGAGGUGCUGUACAACAUGCUUGGGUUGGUUGGGAGUCAGUACCAGAAGCUUGACAAGGGCGUCUUGAGCAAGAUACCAAAAGGGAACCUCAAGUUCAGGAAGAGCCAGUAGUUGGACUGUAUGCCGUGUGAUCCGGAUGAACCUGCUAGAAUUAACAGGCUUGUCCCAUGUGCAUUUUUUU